GAGAGGGGUGAUUGAAGGGAAUUGCAAAGCGGCGGCGCUGGUGGCGGUGGCAGCCAUCUUAGAUCCAUCGCGGUUACCGAGAAUUCAUAUUUGUAUUUUAUUCUGUGUGAGAUAUUAUUUUGUUGCAGGAGCAUUCUUUUCGGGUCGUUCAAAAAAGCGGCAUGUAUUUCCGACGGAAUAAACUACCAGCAUCCAUAGUCGGACUGGUACUUGGACUAUUAUGUACGGUUCAUGCAGCUAAAGUCAACAAACACAAACCCUGGAUUGAGACGACGUAUCACGGCAUCGUAACGGAAAACGAUGACAAAGUUCUCCUGGACCCCCCGCUGAUAGCCCUGGAUAAAGAUGCACCCCUGCGGUAUGCAGGCGAGAUCUGCGGCUUCAGGAUCCACGGGCAGAGCGUGCCCUUCGAGGCGGUGGUUCUGGACAAGUCCACGGGCGAGGGCGUGAUCCGGGCCAAGGACCGGCUGGACUGCGAGCUGCAGAAGGAGCACACCUUCACCAUCCAGGCCUACGACUGUGGAGAGGGCCCUGAUGGAGAGAACAUGAAGAAGUCCCACAAGGCCACCGUCCACAUCCAGGUGAACGACGUGAACGAGUACUCACCGGUGUUCAAGGAGAAGUCGUACAAGGCCACGGUGAUCGAGGGCAAGCGCUACGACAGCAUCCUGAAGGUGGAGGCUGUGGACGCAGACUGCUCCUUCCAGUUCAGCCAGAUCUGCAGCUACGAGAUCGUCACGCCCGACGUGCCCUUCACCAUCGACAAGGACGGCUACAUCAAGAACACAGAGAAGCUGAACUACAGCAAGGAGCGCAUGUACAAGCUGACGGUCACGGCCUACGACUGCGGGACGAACCGAGCCUCGGAGGACGUGCUGGUGAAGAUCAGCAUCAAGCCCACCUGCAAGCCAGGCUGGCAAGGUUGGAGUAAGCGAAUGGAGUACGAGCCCGGCACAGGAAGUCUGGCCCUUUUUCCCAGCAUGCACCUGGAGACCUGCGAGGAGCCAAUCACCUCCAUCCAGGCCAGCGUGCAGCUGGAGACCAGUCACAUCGGGAAGGGCUGCGACAGGGACACGUACUCUGAGAAGUCUCUGCACCGCCUCUGUGGUGCCAGUGGGGGCGCUGUGGAGCUACUCCCAACCCCCAGCAGCUCUGCCAACUGGACGGUGGGUCUGCCCACGGACAACGGGCACGACAGCGACCAGGUGUUCGAGUUCAACGGCACGCAGGCGGUGCGGGUCCCUGAGGGGGUGGUGCAGGCCGGCCUGAGCGAGCCCUUCACCAUCUCCGUGUGGAUGAGGCACGGCCCCGGGGCCCGCGACAAGGAGGCUGUGCUCUGCAGCUCCGACAGGACAGGGACGAAUCGGCACCACUACUCCGUCUACGUGCACAACUGUCGCCUGGUGUUCCUGCUGCGCCAGGACCCCGCCCCUGAGUCCUCCGACACCUACAAGCCAGCCGAGUUCCACUGGAAACUGGACCAGGUUUGUGACAAAGAGUGGCACCACUACGUGCUGAACGUGGAGUCGCCGACGGUCACCCUGUACGUGGACGGCGUCACCUACGAGCCCUUCCUGGUGACGGAGGACUACCCCCUGCACGGCUCCAAAGCGGAGACCCAGCUCACUAUCGGCGCCUGCUGGCAAGACGACUCAGAACAUGACAAUGACAAUGAGACUCUCUCUGAAACUAUGACAGGGGGCAGCGCGCGCAUGUCGCAGUUCUUCCGCGGAAACCUGGCGGGACUCAUGGUCCGGAACGGGAAGCUGGAGACCAAGGAAGUGAUCGACUGCCUGUACACCUGCAAGGAGGGCCUGGACGUGCAGCUGCCCCAGGAGGUGGCCACCGCCGUGAAGGUGCAGUUCAGCCCCAGCCAAUCCUCUCUCACGCUGGAGGGCGACGACAUCGAGAGCUUCGACAAGGUCAUGCAGCACAUCUCCUACCUGAACUCCCGCCAGUUCCCCACGCCUGGAAUCCGCCACCUCCGCGUCACUACCACCGUCAAGUGCUUUAACGAGGAGACGUGUGUCUCGGUGCCGGACGCAGAGGGGUACGUGAUGGUCCUGCAGCCAGAAGAGCCCAAAAUCAGCCUGAGCGGCAUCGACCACUUCGCCCGGGCCGCGCCCGAGUUCGAGAGCCCCGAGGGCGUGACCCUGUUCCCCGAACUGCGCAUCGUCAGCACCAUCACCCGCGAGGUGGAGAGCGAGGCGGAGGGAGAGGAGGACCCCACAGUGCAAGAGUCGGUGGUGUCGGAGGAGAUCAUGCACAACCUGGACGCGUGCGAGGUGACGGCGCUGGGGGAGGAGCUGGACAGCGAGCAGGAGAGCCUGGAGGUGGAGCUGCCCCUGGUGCAGCAGCACGGCCUGGAGCUCAGCUCCUCCACCACAGGGCUCACCCUCACCGGUGUUAACACCAUGGCCAACUACGAGCAGGUUCUGCAGCAGGCGCGCUACAGGAACUGGCACCCAGAGGCCCUCUUCGACAGGAAGUUCAAGCUCGUCUGCUCCGAGCUAAGCGGCCGAUACAUCAGCAACGACUUCAAGGUGGAGGUGAACGUGAUCCACACAGCCAACCCCGUGGAGCACGUUAACAACGCCGUGAUGCAGCCGCAGUUCAGCAACCCCAUGCAGCACGCGUCGGUGGACCUGACCGGACACAACCUGCUGAAGGCUCACCAGACCACGGUGGUGCCCAGCGCUGCCACCAUCGUCAUCGUGGUGUGCGUCAGCUUCCUGGUGUUCAUGAUCAUCCUGGGCGUGUUCAGGAUCCGCUCUGCGCACCAGCACACCGUGAGGGACCAGGAGAACGGCAAGGAGGGAGAGAUGGACUGGGACGACUCCGCCCUCACCAUCACCGUCAACCCCAUGGAGACAUACGAGGACCAGCACAGCAGUGAGGAUGAUGAGGAGGAAGAGGAGGAGAGUGAGGAUGGAGAAGAGGAAGACGACAUCACCAGUGCGGAGUCGGAGAGCAGCGAGGAUGAGGAGGGUGGGGAGCCUGAGGACCAGCAGGGGGCCAACCGACAGCAGCAGCUGGAGUGGGACGACUCUACGCUCACCUACUGACCCCACACACACACACACGCUCGCACACAGGCACACACACCCAAGCUCACACAGACUCACACUCACACACAAGCGCAAACACACACACACACACCCAAGCUCACACACACACACACACACACACACUCACACACACUCGCACACAAAGCACCAUUGGAGCAUUCCUUCCUCUGCACCCGUGGUGUGAAACAGAAAGAGGAUAAUGAUCCUUACAGUAAAACACAAACCCUGUCUUUGGUGGCUCACUGCGCUGCUUCAGCUUACAUUCUCCUGGUCAAGGCUUCCCUGUGCUGAGUCUCACAGUUCAAUACUCAUAGUAGGGCAAACACACGAUUACUGAUUUUACAUUUAUUUAUUAUUGUUUUUAUUCUUGUCUGGGAAAGGCCCUAGAUGUGUGUAUGUCUUUGGCUCUGCUGGGAAUCACCUUGCACUUUUGUUAUUUUCCAGCUGUAACCGUGUCAGACUGAGGUUUUUAUGUAUAUAACUUGCACAUGAAAUUCAGAUUUUCUUAGCAGAUGAACAUGAAAAGAAGCUUUGGCUCUUUGGCUGUUUCCCUCCAUUUUGUUUUUGCUGGAGAUGCGACCCUUCACACAGGCAGAUCGCUUUCGUAUCUUUUUAGUGCAUGAGUUAAAUCUUGCAGAGGUCAUGCGUAUAGAGGACAGAAACUACUUUUUAAUAUUUUGUAAAUAUGAGAGAAAUUAUGUAAUUAGUAAAUGUGGUAGUAGAGACCAAGCCUAGGAAACGGGUCCAACAUAUAAAAACAAAGAGGAAGUCCACACUAGAAUAUCUCUGUCACAAAGGCUGUAGCGUGUUUGGAAAUUGGCCAACCUCUUCGGUCGUGCUUGUAUAAAACGUCUGCUUUGAGGAGAGAAACCCAUGACUAAACGCUGAGGUUUCUGUGAGAAGUCUUCAUGUGAAGCUCUUAUUUUGGAAGGGGAUAUUUGGGACGGGGAGAGGGUGUGGUUGGAUGGUGAAGCAUUGUCGCCCCACAGCCUGCACAUUACUAGGCUUGCACAAGUACAAAUGAGUGAACGUAAGGCUUUACAAUACAUAAUUUCCACCAUAACUCUGGGGCCAGUGGGGUUUUCUGGCUUUGAGAAGAGUAACGCUUGGACGAUUAACAGCUUGUUGUUCAUGGAGGGCGUGCUGUUCUGUUGUUGCAGCCCUGCAACUGUUGGUUCAGCAUUUCAACAUGGUCGUUUUCUUUUCUCGUUUUUUUUUCUGUAGUGCGUAGUUGACUCAUGGGAAUCCGACACAAUCACUUCUCUUCAUCAUACGGUGUGAAUUCCAGUCACCCGCCAUAUUUGAAACUUUAUGAAAAUCAAACCAAACGAUGAGAACAGGCUACUGAAGGAGGAACAGGGCUUUGCAAGUAGUCAGCGCUUUACAGUGACUCGAUAAAAUGAGCUGGGUUGCUGCCAUUGUCUGAGAUCGUUUAGCAAGAACAUUUCCAGCAACUCCAUCGCAGAAGUACUACUCAAGCAAAGUUAUCAGAUCACGAGAUUUGCUUUGUCUUGAAAUGAGCAUGUAUAAGAUUCAUUUUCUUUAGUGUUUUCGUAUUAUAUUAAAUUGAUUCUUAUGACACCUUUUUUCUUAAAGGUUUUUCCAAGUUUUUUGUGUAGUGAAGCUGUCAUAAAUGUGGGCGCAAUUUUUAAAAAAUGCUUAAGAAAAUCAGCCAUAUACAUUCUAAAUGAAAUCUUGGAUCUCAUUAAAACUAUGAAUGCUU